GGCUUGUUGCUUUGUCAUCAAAGGAGUGGAUGGUGAGCCCCAUGCUGGGUCUCCCGCGUGCAAGGUCUUACUCAGUCCUCACGACAACACAACCUCACUUCAUGGUCUUGGGUUCAGGGAGUGUCCUAGGGUCCCACCGCUGGGGUGUGGUGGAGCAUGUCCUGGGAUGCACAGGUCUUGAGCCCUUUCCCAGUAGCCAAGGGGAAGCUCCCUUCUGCCUGAUAAAAGCCUCAUGUCGCUGAUCCCAGGGCAGUGUUUGGGGGCACAGGUGCUAAAGGCAGAUAGGCCUGGCCCGCUGCUGGCCAGCCCCGCACCCUGGCAGUAGUCACGGCAUCUGUUCGAGCCUCUGUUUUCUGCUCUGUGAAACAGGCAGUGUACACCUGUGUCGCCACAGGGCCACGCGCCUGGGGAGUGCCUCAGCAGGGCGUAAACACUUAGGAAAUGGGAGCUGUCAUUUGCCACGAACGCCCCUUGAGGCCUCUGAAGUCAGCAGGUACACGUAAGCCAGAGGUAUUUAUUCUGCACACACCCAGAGCGGGAGGACUUUGAUGGCUCAGAGGUGCCUAAUGCCAAACACAACUGAAUCUACGGGGCAGGCGCCUGCCGUGUGCCAGGGGCCCCACCACUUCGAUCCUUGGGAGGUUCAAUUCAAGUCCAGAUGUCAGUCUCUGGUAAGUCUGAGGUUUAAGUGGUGAUGUUAGCUCCCUAAUGCAGGGCAGAUGGGGGUCAUGUCCGUGGAAAGGAGCCUAAGCAGAACAUGUCCCACAAGUGACAGCGCCCAGCUCCUGACCUUCCUAAGAACCUCUGAUGCCUCCACUGCACCAGGUUAAACUCGGUCUGGCGCACAAAGUCCUUUCCAAUCACACUCCACCACGCGGCCUUCCCUAACCCUUGAAGCCCAAUGCACGAGCCCACUAGUCUUAAAUCGUUUCACAAAUAUCUCCUAAGUAUUUGCUGACUGCUUGGGCUUCUCAGUGAUCCAGACAGCUGCAUCCCACCCUCUUGGAGCUGAGCAACUUCACGGCAGCUGAGGCCGUCCCUGUGCCAGCCCUGUGCUGACAGUGGCACGCGCCAUCUCAGUGAACACCCAGCCCCACGAGGUGUGCCAAGUUACUUAGAAGAUACCAUGGAUGGGAAAGUAUUCCUACUCAGUAAUCCAGACACCGAGUUUAUUGUUGUCCCAGAAUCAGAGGUGAGAGGAGCUCAGGCCUGCAGUUCUUCUGAAUCUUCUAAAGGUCACAAUGCUGCUCGGGGCGUCUCUCAUUGGAGUGUUGCUGUUCUCCAAGCUGGUGCUGAAACUGCCAUGGACCCAAGUGGGGUUCUCCCUGCUGUUCCUCUACCUGGGGUCCGGGGGCUGGCGCUUUGUCCGGAUCUUCAUCAAGACCAUCAGGCGCGAUGUCUUCGGCGGCAUGGUGCUCCUGAAGGUGAAGGUGAAGGUCCGGCAGUACCUGCGACAGCGGCAGACGGUGCCCACUUUGUUUGCCUCUACGGUACAGCGGCACCCUGACAAGACGGCCCUGAUCUUUGAGGGCACAGACACCCACUGGACAUUCCGCCAGCUGGACAGCUACUCGAACAGUGUGGCCAACUUCCUGCGGGCACGGGGCUUGGCCUCCGGUGACGUGGCUGCCCUCUUCAUGGAGAACCGCAACGAGUUUGUGGGCCUGUGGCUGGGCAUGGCCAAGGUGGGCGUGGAGGCGGCACUGAUCAACACCAACCUCCGGCGGGAUGCCCUGCGCCACUGCCUGACCACCUCCCGUGCCCGGGUCCUCAUCUUUGGCAGCGAGAUGGCCCCAGCUGUCUUUGAGAUCCACAACAGCCUGGACCCUUCGCUCAGCCUCUUCUGCUCCAGUCCAUGGGAGCCCAGCUCGGUGCCUGCCAACACAGAGCACCUGGACCCCUUGCUGGAAGAAGCCCCAAAGCACCUGCCCAGUCGCCCUGACAAGGGCUUCACAGAUAAGCUCUUCUACAUCUACACGUCUGGCACCACGGGGCUGCCCAAAGCUGCCAUCGUGGUGCACAGCAGGUAUUACCGCAUGGCUUCCCUGGUGUACUACGGAUUUCGCAUGCGGCCCAGUGACGUCGUGUAUGACUGCCUCCCGCUCUACCACUCCGCAGGGAACAUUGUGGGGAUUGGGCAGUGCCUGCUCCACGGCCUGACUGUGGUCAUCCGGAAGAAGUUCUCAGCCUCCCGGUUCUGGGACGAUUGUAUCAAAUACAACUGCACAAUUGUGCAGUACAUCGGCGAACUGUGCCGCUACCUCCUGAACCAGCCGCCCCGGGAGGCAGAACGCCAGCACCGGGUGCGCAUGGCCCUGGGCAACGGCCUCCGGCAGUCCAUCUGGACCGAGUUUUCUGGUCGCUUCAACAUCCCCCAAGUGGCGGAGUUCUACGGGGCCACUGAGUGCAACUGUAGCCUGGGCAACUUCGACAGCCAGGUAGGAGCCUGUGGCUUCAACAGCCGCAUCCUGUCCUUUGUGUACCCGAUCCGGCUGGUACGUGUCAACGAGGACACCAUGGAGCUCAUCCGGGGACCCGAUGGUGUCUGCCUUCCCUGCCGGCCAGGUGAGCCUGGCCAGCUGGUGGGCCGCAUCAUCCAGCAGGACCCCCUGCGACGCUUCGAUGGCUACCUCAACCAGGGUGCCAACAAUAAUAAAAUUGCCAAGGAUGUGUUCAGCAAGGGCGACCAGGCCUACCUCACCGGCGAUGUGUUGGUGAUGGACGAGCUGGGCUAUCUGUAUUUCCGAGACCGCACGGGGGACACGUUCCGCUGGAAAGGCGAGAACGUGUCCACCACAGAGGUGGAAGGCACACUCAGCCGCCUGCUGGACAUGGCCGAUGUGGCAGUAUAUGGCGUCGAGGUGCCAGGAACUGAGGGCCGAGCUGGGAUGGCUGCUGUGGCCAACCCCACUGGCAGCUGUGACCUGGAGUCCUUUGCACAGCACCUGAAGAAGGAACUGCCCCUGUACGCCCGCCCCAUCUUCCUGCGUUUAAUGCCCGAGCUUCACAAGACAGGGACAUUCAAGUUACAGAAGACAGAGCUGCGGAAGGAGGGCUUUGACCCUGCAGUCGUGAAAGACCCGCUGUUCUACCUGAACUCCCGGACGGGCCGCUACGUCCCAUUGGACCAAGAGUCCUACACCCGAAUCCAGGCUGGCGAGGAGAAGCUGUGAUUUGCCUGGAGUCCCUCUCAGGGCCAGUGGAUGCUGGAUCCAGAGCCCCAGCUCCCACCCUGGAGGCAUCCUGGGCAAUGCCAGACCAAAGCAAGCAGGGCCCGGCACCUCGAUGAUGAGGUGCUGAUCCCCUCCCUCUUCAAACUGCCAACUGACUCACUGCCGCCUGCCCCUCCCCCAGCGGCUUUCCGUGAAAGCCUCAUGUCCACGUUUGUCUUCAAGGCCAGGCAGGUCCCCGGGCUGAGACUGACUGGGCCCCUCAGGAUGAUGUCUUGGGUUAGGUCUGGGGCAGGUGAAGGGUCACCAAGCACUCCCCAGAGCAGGGAGUUUCUAAGCGGGGCUGGGGCAGAUGCCUCCAGACUCAGGAAGCCAGCAGAGCCGGCAGGCGCCGAGGUGGCCCUGCAUCAGCUGGUUGAAGAGGCUCCAGGCCAGAGCUGCUCUCAUGGGACUCGGCUCUGCCAGUGCCUCCAGGAGGAUGGGAGGAGGGCCCCGACCUGCAGCAGGCCGCCCAGACAGAGCGUCCUCCCUCUCGUGUCCUCUCCCCUAGGUGGCUGCCUGGCUGUCCCUCAGGCAGGGCCUUUCUGUGUUUGUGGGUCUGUCCGUGUCACCUCCAUCUCGGUCCUGACCUGGCUUUGAGAGGAGGAGGGGUGGGGGCACUCAGGGGCCAAUAAACUGCCUUGAC